AACGGGAGAAAAGAUAGAUAUCUUUCUCUUUACAGCACAGAGCUAAAAAUGGAUACACAUCCCAAGUGAGAGGAGAGAAGAAAGAACCAGACAGGAGAGGAGAUAUAGGAACCAGACACACCAGUCAAUAUCAACAUAAAAAAAAACACCAAACCUUUUGUUUCUCUUUUUUUUUUUUACUUUGACCAAAUCUAAAAAAAGGGAGAGAGAGAAGGGGGGGGAUAAAGACAAGAUAGGGUCGUGCGUGUCAAAGGGAGGAGGUGCUGCACGCGAAGCCUCCACACCGGCGGCGAGGAGGCUCCCGUUGCAGCAGCGCCAUAGCGGAAGCCUAACCUCUUCAUCUCUCGCCAGAGAACCCUCGGAUCAAUCCGAUAACGGCGGUGGAGCGAAGAUGAAGGGUCUUUUCAAGUCCAAGCCUCGCACCCCUGCUGACAUCGUCCGUCAGACCCGUGAUCUCUUUCUCUACGCUGAUCGAUCCAACUCUUUGCCUGACCUCCGUGAAUCCAAACGCGAAGAAAAGAUGGCGGAGCUAAGCAAGAACAUCCGUGAUAUGAAGUCUAUUCUCUAUGGAAACAGCGAGGCCGAGCCUGUGGCUGAAGCUUGUGCUCAAUUGACUCAAGAGUUCUUUAGAGAGGAUACUCUACGUCUCUUGAUCACUUGUCUCCCUAAGCUCAACUUGGAGACUAGGAAAGAUGCUACGCAGCUCGUUGCAAAUCUACAGAGGCAACAAGUGAAUUCACGGUUAAUUGCUUCUGAUUAUCUGGAAGCCAACCUUGACCUCAUGGAUGUUUUGAUGGAAGGCUUUGAGAAUACGGACUUGGCUUUGCAUUACGGUGCUAUGUUUAGGGAGUGCAUCCGCCAUCAGAUUGUUGCCAAAUAUGUUUUGGAGUCUGAGCAUGUGAAGAAGUUCUUCGAUUACAUACAGCUUCCUAAUUUUGACAUUGCUGCCGAUGCUGCUGCAACUUUUAAGGAACUGCUAACAAGGCAUAAGUCUACUGUUGCCGAGUUCCUCACCAAGAACGAAGAUUGGUUUUUCGCAGACUACAACUCAAAGCUUCUUGAAUCAAGUAAUUAUAUAACCAGACGGCAAGCUAUUAAGUUGUUGGGUGAUAUAUUACUGGAUAGAUCAAAUUCAGCUGUGAUGACGAGAUAUGUGAGCUCAAGGGAUAACUUGAGGAUUCUAAUGAAUCUUCUUAGAGAGUCAAGCAAGAGCAUCCAGAUCGAAGCAUUUCAUGUUUUCAAGCUGUUUGCAGCGAACCAAAACAAGCCUUCAGAUAUAGUCAACAUUCUGGUGGCAAACAAAAGCAAGCUUCUUAGAUUGUUGGCUGACUUGAAACCAGACAAAGAGGAUGAGAGGUUUGAAGCAGACAAGAGUCAGGUCUUGAAAGAAAUUGCAGCCCUUGAGCCGCGAGAUCUUGCUUGAACCAACAUAUAUAUGCUCCUUCUUUCCCUUUUUAAAACAUUCAAAAAGACAUUUUUGAAACAUCAAAGUUUGUUGUUUUUUUUUCCUUUAUUAGGUAAAACAUUUCUUUGAUUUCUCUUACAUACUCAAGAGACAAUAUAUUCAUUUGAUUAUGAAAAUCACUUUUCAUUGUUGAUGAGAAAAUGGGUUUUGUUAAA